CUACGAGAGAUAUUUAGAGUGUUACAAUGUUUCUUUUUUGUCGGUUCGUGUUUUGUUUAAUUUUGCCACACAUUUGUGCUGUCAGACAUGUUAAGGCAAACUCGGGAUAUGCUGGAUUCAGCAACUAUAACUCACUAGACUCACUCCAGUGUCAAGAAACGGAGCUUCCAUUAUACGCCAAGCUGUGUUUCAGUGAAGGAUGCUUGUCCUCUGUGUGUGUGCCUUCUGGGAAUGAGACGGGCUGGUUGGCAGUGUACAGCAGCAGAGGGCCUUCUGUUCAUGAUGCCACUGUUGCUGCUUUGACUGACACGGUGCAGAUUGGGAAGCCCCUCCUCCUGGAAGUCUCAGACAUUUCUAAUCUGAGCAAAGAAAACUUCACUAAGGUUUUCAUUACAUUUAGUGGGAACUCAGGUCCUCAGGGUUUGCAUAAUAUGUCUGUUAUGGCCAACGGAUACCUUGUCUGCUACAUAGAUGCAAUAUUACCUGCUGCUGGAUUGUACCAUUUAAAUGUGACCGUGAUGAACAGUAUCUACACUUAUUCUGCCAGCUGGAAGAUUAGAGCAUGUCCCUCAGGGACUGAGUACUUGAAUCUCAUGUUGUCCAAGAGAGAUCAGGAUAUCCCAUCCUGUGCCCCUCUGCCCACAGAUGCAGAAGACAAACAGCAGGAUAAAGCCUUAACGAAAUCCACGGACAGUCAUAAGCAAGAUGUUUGGAUCUUUUCUGAUACACGGGCAUAUGCAACAGAGACAGACAUCAAAUUUGUAGCAGUGACAGAAGGACCUGAUCCUCUAUACUUUUAUUGGCAAUUUGGGGAUGGACCAGAAAUAAAAACAACAUCCAGAAUCUACAAAAAGAGAUAUCGCCUACCAGACAAAUACAGUAUCACUGUCAGUGUGUCUAAUGGUCUCACAUCCAUCAGCUCAGAUGUUUAUCUGGUCAGGAUUCAGAGAGCUGUGCAGCCCAACAGGCUUUUAUACAGUUCUUCAGUUUUAUUACACAGCUCUGUGAACUUCACCUGCCGGAUCAGCUCAGGAACUGAUGUCUCGUAUAUCUGGAAUUUUGGAGAUGGAACAGAGCGAAAUGGAUCAAGCACUGAGCAUCAUGUCUAUGACAGAACUGGAGAGUAUAUAGUGCAGGUUAUUAUGUCCAACCUGGUGAGCUCAGCCUCCUUAACAGGGCACAUCUUUGUCGUUGAAGAAUCAUGUCAGCCUCCUCCGGUGAAAAAUAUGGGCCCAAAUAAAAUACAGGUGUGGCAGUAUCAAACUGUCCGUCUUGCUGUGACGUUUGAGGCACAUAUUCAGUGUAACAUCUCUAGAGGUUUGCUGUAUAGAUGGACUAUAUAUGACAUGAGCGGACAACAGCUGCUUCUUCCACACAUAGACACGGGACGGCAGUAUAUUAAUCUUCCAAAAUACCUCCUUCAUUAUGGAACAUAUAAAGCUAUAGCAAAGGUCCAAAUAACCGGUAGUGUGGUGUACAGCAACUACAGUGUUUUAAUUGAAGUGAUACGCAGUCAUCCCGUAAGUGUCAUCAGCGAAGCCACAAAUAUUUUCAUCAACCGUCAGAGCAGCACCAUCGUUACUCUUGACGGACGAAAAUCACAUGACCCAGAUUACCCCAAUAAUACUAUAAGUUACAGCUGGUCAUGCAGGCCAGUAAACACAGAAGAGAGCAGCUGUUUCAACAGGAACAUCGUGACCACUUCAGCAGUACUUACAUUUCCCGCUCUUGCUUUGAAAUCUGAUUUUGACCUGCUUAAAUUCACUCUCACGGUGUACAGUGGCCAUCGAUCUUCAGCAUCUAAUAUGUUCAUCACUGUAACAUCAAAACCUGUCAGCAACGUUCAUAUGUAUUGUGAACACUGCCAAGGAAAUUCAGUGAAUUGGAAUGAGCAGUUUUCUGUCUCUGCUUUCUGUGAGGAUUGUGGUUUAAAUGCUAAAAGUGUCACCUAUUACUGGAAACUUUACCUGGUUAAUGCCUCAAUCAAAGCUGUACCAGAAAUUCCGUUCUGCAGCACUAUGGAUCUCGGUUUACCCUCCAAAAUGGAGGAGAGCUUACGUUUCUCCCUGCCUGUUGUGACACCCUACACUCCAGCCCAUUUCACUGAGCCUUCCGUUCCAGUAUCUCUGGCUCCUUAUCUUUUAUCUGAUGAUAUUGACCUUACAGCCCCAGUUACACAAGAUGCUCUGACUUCAGUGAUACUUACAAAACACCAUAAUAUUAGUGUACACACUCUAAUUGAAAGUCCCAGCACGUACCACCAUGCAGCAUUUACGACUAUUGCAUCUUCAAUCUCAUCCUUCCCUGGGGAAACAGAGUCCUCUGGGGGUCAGUGGGAGUAUCAGGGGUCUUUUCCAGCCUCUGAUAAGGUGUCAAUGACUGAUAUGACCUCAGAUUUUCAUACUCAGGACAUGAUUUACACAGACAUUUAUCAGGAGUCAAUAUCAGGUGAUCAUCUCUCCGUACCAGAGUAUGAUUACUAUCAUUUUGGAAUUGAAGAGGCUGAUCCUGGUGUCCCUGUCGGCAGACCAACAGGGGCUGAUUCAGUGGGCUUUAGUUGGAAUGAAGGAUCAUUCCCUCACUCUUAUGACCAUGAGGGUGAUAAUCUAGUGGACCCCAGCCUGUUUGGCCCGGCAGUGUCAGAGAAAACCCUACUAGAUCUGAACAGACAGCUCAUUCAUCAGUCUGUGUUUGAGUCAUACACUCUCACAGGAUUAACCUCUUCGGAUGUCACAUUUAAACCCUUCAUGCUUAAACCAAAGAGUCUUUAUUUGCUUGAAGUGUCUGCGAUUUCUGAGAAGCGGCUGCAAGGGAAAAGCCAGCUGUUCUUUCACACUCAAGCUGUUCCUGAGGGAAUGAGCUGCCAAGUGCAGCCCAACACAGGCUAUGAAAUCCACACUCAUUUCAGCAUCUUCUGCUCCUCUGGAAAAGAGGAUCUUGUGUUUGAAUACAGUUUUAGUGUGGGCAACAAUGUGAGGAAACUCCUUUAUGAAGGCAGGGAUUUCCAGCAUUACUUUAGUCUUCCUAGUGGAGAUCCUAAUGAUGAUUACAAAGUCACAAUCUAUAUUGAAAUCAAGAAUCGAUUUGGAGCAGCAACCAAACCAUGUCCUGUGAAAGUGACUGUACUUCCCAGCUUUCAGAGAAGCUCGUCCUCUCAGCUCAAACCUGAUCAAGAACUGUACAUGUAUGGAGUGGGUAACCUAACCAGUCUGAGUAAGAUCGGAAGCAACCAAGACAUCGUCAACUACAUCUCUCUUUUAACCACGGUGCUGAACCGCUUGAGUCUAGACCCGGAUUCCUCUGUCGACCUUCUGACACUCACACGCACCUCUGUCAUUACGGCUGCCUGUCAGCUGUCCAUCACUGAUAAGGGAAUUUUAUUUGAAGCAAUUCACAAACUUACUGAUUUGAUAAGAGUCUCCAGUCAAGUGACAUUUUACAGUGCCAAAGAAGUAAUUCAGCAUGUUCACGACAUAUCAUCCCUCUCACAUGAGUCCAAGCCUCCAGGAGGCCAUAUUCUAGACACUGGGAUGGUGAAUGCUUUGGUUUCUCUCCUGUCUGGUGUUUUGGAGGCUCCAGUGCUCUCUUCCAGACCAGGACAACAACUCAUAAACAAAGUGCUUUACACCAUCACAGAUUUAAUACUGGAGUGUGUGCUGUCCAGCAAUAUGUUGCAGUACAAUCUGAACACCACGUUCAUGGAAGUGUUAGCCUGGAAGUAUGACCGGUCUCAUUCCGUGGUGAAAACAUUUGGCUUUACUGCGUUCCACCUCACUGAUUUUCUGGAGAUGCAAUUUCAGCAAUGGAGCAGCAAUAGCCAGCACAACCCCUGUGUCAUUACCUGGCUCACAGUGUACAGGCAGAGCCCAUACCGCUGGUCCAGACACGUGCAGCUCAGUGGAGAGACAGCAGACAUUCGGCUCUACAACUGCACCACUAGGAAGGAAAUCAAAAUCCGACAUCUAUCCACACCAGUUACUAUUGAAUUUCAGAGGAAAGCGAAGACAAAAAGUCGACAUAGACAGUUCACUCUUCAGCGCAGUCAGAUAAACACUCAUCAAUUUAAUAUCACGUCACAGACCCUUCAGACAGCCUUUCAGAUCACUGUGCAGUUUAACAGACCAGCUGAACGCCCCUUUCCCAUCCUGCUGCUCCUUAGGAUGUAUGAGCAGCCAACACCUAAUCUAUACAACGAACAGAAAAUAUAUCACUGGAAAGGACAGAAAGCUCACAUCUUCCUCCCUCAAUCCUAUUUGCAAGCUGCUGGUUCUGUCUACCUGAGGCUUCUCAGUGCAGACUAUAAUAAAAACCCUAGCAACAAAUACAUUGCCAGAGCUGUGAACUACUCGCUUCACAUUGAAUCUGUGGACUGUCUGUCCUGGGAUGGUGUGAAAGAGUGGAAGCCCAGUGGCUGUUUUCCUCAUGGUGGAGUUUCGCCAGACAAGAUCUACUGCAGUUGCAACCACCUGGCGUCAUUUGCAGUAUCACAUGAGAACAUCACAAGCAGCUACAACUCUGCAGAUGUUUCGCAAUUUAUCCACUUCAAAACCAACUACAUACUGAUAAUUUUUUCAGUAAUAUUCCUAGCUCUCUAUGUGGUGGUGCUGGUCAUCUGCAGGAAGGCUGAUGUUUCCAUACAGAAAACUACAGGCUCAUUUCUGCUACCAGAAAAUAAUCCCUCAGACCGGUUCCUCUAUGCUGUCACAGUAGAUACAGGAUUGAGAUCUAGAACCAGAAUGACAGCAAAGGUCCAUAUUGUGCUGUAUGGAGACAAAAGUGUCUCUCAAACCAGGGAACUCAGCAGCUCUCAUUCCAAACUCUUUACAUGCAACUCAAGAAAUACUUUUAUUCUCAGUUCCCCAGAGAGUCUGGGUCGAGUAUGGAAGGUGCAUCUUUGGCAUGAUAAUGGAGGUUCAUCUCCCAGCUGGUACCUGAGCCAUGUGGUGGUUAAAGACCUGGUGCAGGGGUCCUGCUGGUUCUUCCUGGGCCAGUGCUGGCUGGCAGUGGAUGAGGGAGAUGGAAGGGUGGAGAGGAGUUUGGUUGCUUCUGACGUUGGACUGACAUUUAAACAGUUCCUAUAUUUGAAACUCACAGAAUACCUGGAGGACUUUCACCCGUGGCUGUCUGUGUACAGCCGUCCGUCUUUCAGCUCUCACACACACACUCAACGCUGGAGUGUGUGUCUGCUGCUCCUGCAGGGCUAUAUGUGUGUCAGCACAGUGCUUGUAAAUCUUCUGGAAGAACAGUGUUUUGUAGAGAUGGGGCUUAUUGAUGUUUCACCGGUUUCCAUGGUAACAGGGCUGUGCGGUGCUCUCGCUGUGCUGCCGGUGGGGGGUCUGGUGUCCCUGUUGUUUCGUGUCGGCAAGACCACAUCCAGUAGUUUGUCUGGAGAGCAGUAUAAGGUCAAGGUGCCUGAUGUCUACUCUGUAGAAGAUCACCAUGAUGCACUGCUGAUCAAUGAUUGUGCAUCGUAUCCGUCCUGGAAUACAGUUUCCCACUGGACUCAUGGAUCAUGUAAAAAAGAUUACAGGGACUGGAAAACCUCAGAUUCAGCAUCUAUGUCAAAACUGCAAGAGGAUCCUCAUGCCAUUUUAGAGAUUGUAGAAGACUCCAUGUCUGAUGUAAACAGCAGAUCACAUGAUAAAUGCAAAUGGGAGAACCGGCAGGUUUGUGUUGGUAGAAUCCAAAGUCUUCAGUCGUGGUGUUAUUAUGUGGGCUGGAGCCUCUGCUUGUCUCUUUCUCUUACAUGUUUCAUCAUCACAGGAACUCUUGGAGUAAAGUUCAACAAAACAAAGACUCUUCUUUGGACUCAUUCUGUGUUCUUUUCACUUGUCUGCUGUGGCUUUGUACUGCAUCCAGCAAUGAUACUUAUAACUGCCAUCACUGUGUCUCUGCUGCAUCGAAAGAAGCCCGACUGGUUCCACAGUCUGAGUGUAAAAGAGCCUGUCACUGAAUUAUUGAGACACAGGGACACAGAAUUUGAGGAUGUCUUGGUUAGCAAAUACCAGCAGCCCAAUUUUGAAAAGGCACUCGCUGCCCGCCAGAGAGCCAGGUAUCUGCGUCUGGUACGGCCACCAAAUUCAAGAGAGUUGAAGUGUGUGAGAGGCCUGAUAAAGAAACAAACUCUCCUUCGCAAAACCACAAGGGAUUUGAUGUUUCACCUGAUCAUGCUGUUGACAGUUCUGUUUGUGACCUAUGGAAAGUCUGACAAUGACUACAAGUACCAUUUGAAUCAGGCUAUCAAAUCUCAUUUCACAAAGAGUCUGCAAAAUUCAUUUCACUCCAUCCAAAAACAUGAAGAUUGGUGGAACUGGACAACAACCACUUUCCUUGAGAGAUUAUAUGACAAUGCCAACUGCCAUGAUAAAAGAGUAAAAAAUGAAACAGAUUUCAGCAGUCCUUUGUCUCUUAUUGGGAGUCCAGUCAUUAGAAAGAUCAAGAGCACAUAUAACUCAUCAUGCCAGAUCUUGAAUUUGUUGGGCAAGAACAAUAUUAAAUGCUCUGACAACCAUACUGUGGAAAAGAGACACUCACUUUGUGGGAAACUUGGGUGUUAUGAGGGAGAAAGUGUGAGUGUAAACCUGGGAAAAACAAGGUCUGAAGCAAUCAAGUCAAUUAAAACGCUUCUGGAUGCUGGCUGGAUGACUCCUUUCACCCAAAUUGUGAUGAUCCAGUUUAUCCUAUACAAUGGGCCCAGUAACCUCUUCACGGCAGUCACUAUUCUAGUAGAGCAAACCUCGACAGGGGCUCUGAUGCCCUCAGCAAGCAUACAGUCCACUAGACUCUACCAUUUUCCAGCUGCCCUUGACUACAGUGUUAUGACCUGUGAGCUACUUUUCUUUUCAUUUAUUCCGCUUCAUAUGCAUUGGCAAAUAUAUGAUAUGAUUCAAAGAGGAUGGCUUUACUGGAGAAACCUUUGGAGUUGGCUAGAGGUGACAGUUUUCAUCUCCAGUCUUUUGUGGUUUAUCUUCUCUGUGUACAUCUUUAUGCUAAAAACAGAGAUGAUUGAUUUCCUGCAGAAGGAGGAUUUUAAAUUACCUGUUGAUCUAAGUCCCAUCUUCUUCAGUGAGCAGCUUUUUCAGUCUCUCCUUGGCGUUGUUGGCAAUUUGCUUCUCCUGAAAUGUGUGUCCUUACUACGGCUAAACAAAGUAGUGGCAGCAGCUGCGUCUACUUGGAAACUGAUCUUCUCCAACCUGCUUUGGUUACUGGCACCUGGUGUUAUUGUCGCAAUGGCCCUCUCUGGUCUCCGCAAUUUGAUCUUUCAUUCAUUCCCAAUCACCAGUAUCACUAGCUCUGCCCAUUUGCUCUGCACUCGUUUCUUUUGCAUGAGCCACUUUGGUGACAUUCACCUCCAAACACAAUUCCCAUCAGCACUUUAUUUUGGAGCUAUAUUCUGCGCUAUGAUUUCAUUUAAUGCUACGGUAUUUGCCACCCUUACCUUUUUUGUGAAACAAUCAAAGAAAGCUAACAAAAGAAAACAUUUACUGAAUGUCUUUGAGCUGAUCUCUUAUGUCAAAGACAAGGCUUUACUCAUCAUUGGCAAAGCCAGUCACAAGUCAGCUGACCAACAGGUCCACACUAAUAACUUUUACUUAGCAGAGUUUGAGGAUCUCAUGGAUGAGCUGUUGUUUCAUCUCUGCACCAUGUCGGACAGUCUCCUCAACAAUUUGCCAGCAAAAGAAACUGUAUCUGAAACCCAGAGCAAUUUCUCUUUGCCUCUUUCUGGGCGAGUUUAUAGCCCAGACUCAGAGAGUGCAAUUUGUGAAUGCCUGGAUAUCAGCACUGCCUCAUACAGGGAAAACGCUCAAAGAUUACCACUUGAACACAGAACGUCCCAGUACUUGAAAGGCAGAGGAAGAACACAGCAGGAGAGUAUUUCAGGAGGGCCGAGGAAUUUCAGAAAGUACGUCAAAGAUCCAAGCAGAGAGUCAGAUGAGACUGGACAGACCCAAAUUCGUUCUUUAAGCAAGCAUUGUGCACCAGCUGAGUGGAAAGACAAAGUGUACAUUAAAUCAUCACUGCUGCCUGAUCCAAGCAGGUUGGCAGAUGAGCAUAAUUGUGCUUUUAAGACUCAAAUCAUCACACAAAUGAAAAGGCACACUCUUCUAACCUCAUCAGCUUGCAAAGUGAACAUGGGUCAUAGAGAGUCAUAUAUGUUUAAUGCAUUGUGUAUUGAGGGAAUGGACAAUUCUGUGCAAGGGCAAACAAUUAUUCCAGGGUGCACUGAACAAUGUAUGUAAUAUAAGAAAAAAUUGCUGUUCAGUUUAACUGCUUUAUUCCAGAAGAGAAUUAGUAUUUUCAAACUAUAUUCCCUUUACUGUUGGGUUUUUACAAUGAUCCUUUGUUAACAAUACUUUAAAAACCUUUUGUGUUUUUUAAAUUGUUUGCACAACUGAUUACAUACCUCAAAUGUGAUAUUUGAUUUGCAUAAAGCUGCUAAAAUGCUACUAUCACUAGGACAUGUCUUAACAUGUUUGACAAAUUGGACCAUUUUUUUAAAUAUACAGUUCAAAAUCAAAAUUAUUCAAGCCCCUUGACCUGCAAGACAUUUUGCUGCAAAGAACAAAAUUUUGUGAAAACAAUUAAACAAAGGCAUCAGUACACUAUUAAAAAAAGUUUAUUAAUAGACAUUUGAGUGAUUCCCAGAAUGUAAGUUGAUGAAUAAUAAUAAUAAAAAAAAAUCAAAUUGGCUCUAAAUGUUCAUGUUCAAAAUUAUUCAACCCCCCAAAAGUCCAAUUUGGUGCAGAAUCUUUUAUUCUUUAAAACCAUCAAUAAACGCUGU